AACAUCCCUCUUCUCUUUCAUCAGGCUACGAUGAGUAUAACCAGUGACGAAGUCAACUUCUUGGUCUACAGAUAUCUCCAAGAAUCAGGUUUCUCUCACUCAGCAUUCACCUUUGGCAUCGAGAGCCACAUCAGCCAGAGUAACAUCAAUGGAACACUAGUGCCCCCUGCAGCCCUCAUCUCCAUCCUGCAGAAAGGGCUUCAGUAUGUGGAGGCAGAAAUCAGCAUCAAUGAGGACGGUACAGUCUUUGAUGGUCGGCCAAUCGAGUCGCUGUCUCUCAUCGACGCGGUGAUGCCGGACGUGGUGCAGACACGGCAGCAGGCCUUCAGAGACAAGUUAGCCCAGCAGCAGGCGGCCUGCGCCAUGUUGGCCUCGACCUCCGGACACCAGACCAACGCACCAAAAAAUGGAGAAGCCACCUUCAACGGGGAGGAGAACGGCACCCACAACAUGAAUAACCACAGUGAGCCGAUGGAGAUGGAUGGAGACGUGGAGAUACCAGCGAGUAACGCCACCGUGCUCCGAGGCCACGAGUCUGAAGUGUUCAUCUGUGCCUGGAACCCCGUCAGUGAUCUGCUGGCCUCAGGCUCGGGGGACUCCACCGCCAGGAUCUGGAACCUGAACGAGAAUAAUAACUCCAAUUCCACCCAGCUGGUUCUGCGCCACUGUAUCCGAGAAGGAGGUCAGGACGUCCCCAGCAACAAGGACGUCACUUCACUGGACUGGAACAGCGACGGGACUCUCCUAGCAACAGGCUCCUAUGACGGAUUUGCCAGGAUAUGGACAAAGGACGGAAAUCUGGCGAGCACCUUGGGGCAGCACAAAGGACCCAUAUUUGCACUCAAGUGGAACAAGAAGGGGAACUCAAUUCUCAGUGCUGGUGUAGAUAAGACGACAAUCAUUUGGGACGCUCAUACAGGAGAGGCCAAGCAGCAGUUUCCCUUCCACUCAGCUCCAGCCCUGGAUGUGGACUGGCAGAACAACACGACCUUCGCCUCCUGCAGCACAGACAUGUGUAUCCACGUGUGUCGGCUUGGCAGCGACCGGCCUCUGAAGACCUUCCAGGGACACACGAAUGAAGUUAACGCCAUUAAGUGGGAUCCAUCGGGCAUGCUGCUGGCCUCCUGCUCAGACGACAUGACCUUAAAGAUUUGGAGUAUGAAGCAGGAGUCUUGUGUCCAUGAUCUCCAGGCUCAUAGUAAAGAAAUCUACACCAUUAAAUGGAGCCCCACAGGCCCGGGCACAAACAACCCCAACUCCAACAUCAUGCUGGCCAGCGCCUCUUUCGACUCGACAGUUCGGCUUUGGGAUGUCGAGCGGGGGGUCUGCAUUCACACGCUCACUAAGCACCAGGAACCCGUGUACAGCGUGGCCUUCAGCCCGGACGGUAACCACCUGGCCAGCGGCUCCUUUGACAAGUGUGUCCACAUCUGGAACACCACGACUGGAGCCUUGGUGCACAGCUACAGGGGCACGGGGGGGAUUUUUGAGGUUUGCUGGAACAGCACUGGAGACAAAGUCGGUGCCAGCGCAUCAGACGGCUCGGUUUGUGUUCUUGAUCUCCGAAAAUAGCCGCCUUGAGACUUUGAUGAUGUAUCCUUGAAUGUGCAGCAAAUUGCCUUCUUCUGCCAUCAGCAAACAAACUGUCACUGCUCAAAGAGACAAAGAGAGCUGUGGAGUGAAACUGAAGAACUCACCGG